UUGCAAGGUUUGUCACUUUUUUGGUCAAAGAAAGGAAGAAAGAUUGAUCUCGGACGGCCAUUUCGCAGUGUGCGGGGCCGUUCUUGCCUUUGUUGUGAGAGAUAGGGGAGAGCAAACCCUAAAGGCGACGAGCCAUGUCGUACUCGAUGCAAGAUGCUCCCGCCAGCACGGGCGGGGGUUCUCACAUGCAAGGAUUUGGUGGCGGACCGAACAAUGUGGCUGGCGGUGGAGAUGGUGCGUCCACGGGCGACUUCGGUGGCGAAUCAAUCUUCGCCAGCGACGUCAACAAGUAUGACGAGCUACGCAACAUGCUUGAGAGUCAGAAGGACACGAUGAAGCUUGAGGCGAUGCGCCGCAUUAUUGGUAUGGUUGCCAAGGGACGUAACGUAUCUUCUCUCUUCCCAGCCGUUGUCAAGAACGUCUUGUCCAAGAGCAACGAAUUGAAGAAAUUGGUAUACGUCUAUCUAGUGCGCUACGCUGAAGAGGAACAAGACCUUGCGCUGCUCUCGAUCAGUGCUUUCCAGAAAGCUUUGAAGGAUCGCAAUCAAUUGAUUCGUGCCAGUGCCCUUCGUGUUCUGUCUAGCAUCCGUGUUACUGUCAUUGUCCCUAUCAUGAUGCUCUCUAUCAAAGAUGCUGCGAGUGACAUGUCACCGUUUGUGCGCAAAACCGCUGCACAUGCCAUUCCCAAACUUUACAGUUUGGACGAAACCCAGAAGGAGAAUCUCAUCGAGGUCAUCGAGAAACUGCUGAAGGAUCGCACCACGCUUGUAGCCGGCAGUGCUGUGAUGGCGUUUGAGAUUGUGUGCCCGGAGCGUACCGAUCUGGUACACAAGAACUACCGCAAGCUGUGUAACCUUCUCGUGGACGUCGAUGAGUGGGGGCAGAUGGCCGUCAUCAACAUGCUCACACACUACGCACGCACCCAGUUCCUCGACCCCAAUCUGCACGAGGACGCUGGUGCGGCGGCGUUCUACUCGGACGAUGAAGAGGAGGAAGAGGAGGACGAUGAUGAUGACUCUGACAUUGAUAGUGACGACAGCGAGGCACAAAGGAAGCGCGACGCCAAGAAGAAGAAGAAGAAGCCGUAUACGAUGGAUGGCGACCAUCGUCUCUUGUUGCGCUGUUCUAGACCGCUGCUGCAGAGUCGCAACUCUGGUGUCGUGAUGUCCGUGUGUCAACUCUACUUCCACAUUGCACCAGCCAAUGAGCGCAGCGUGGUGAUCAAGCCCAUGCUAAGACUGCUGCACUCUAACCGGGAGGUUCAGACUGUUGUCUUGACUAACAUUGCCACGCUCAGCCUCAAGUUCAAGAACCUGUUUGAGCCGUUCAUCAAGAACUUCUUUGUCCAUUCGCAGGAUUCGACUCAAAUUCGCUCAUUGAAGCUGGAGAUCAUGACGAACUUGGCCAGCGAUUCCACCAUCUCAAUCAUCUUGAAGGAGUUCCAGACAUACGUGUCGAGCUCCGACCGUGACUUUGUGGCAUCCACUAUCCAAGCCAUUGGCCGCUGUGCCUCUCAGCUGGAGGAGGUGACAGACACAUGCGUCAACGGACUGAUGCGCCUAUUGCAGCAUCGCGAUGAGCUGGUUGUUGGUGAGAGUGUGGUCAUCAUCAAGAAACUUCUUCAGCUACAGCCAUCAGAGCACAAGGAGAUCAUUGUCCAUCUCACUAAGCUUGUGGAUGGUAUCAAGGUGCCAAUGGCGCGUGCCAGUAUUCUCUGGCUGAUUGGAGAGUACUCUGAGCACGUACCCAAACUUGCGCCGGAUGUGCUGCGCAAGAUGGCCAAGACAUUCAGCAUUGAGGAGGACAUUGUCAAGCUGCAGAUACUGAAUUUGGCUGCCAAGCUGAUGCUGAUAAAUGCCAAGCAGACUAAACUGUUGACCCAGUACGUGUUGAACCUGGCCAAGUAUGACAUCAACUAUGACAUUCGUGAUCGGGCACGCUACCUGCGUCAGCUGCUCCUGCCAGCAGAGAAGGGACCUCUGGGAAAAUACGCCAAGAAAAUCCUUCUCGUCUCGAAACCUGCUCCGGUGUUGGAAUCUGCUUAUAAGGAUCGUCAACAGUGGCAGGUUGGCUCCUUGUCAUUGAUGUUGGGAGCUUCAGCAUCUGGUUACGUACCGCUGCCUGACUUCCCGGAGGAGGCACCGGAUCCAUCUGUCCGUGACGUUGAGCAGGUGGAGUACAGCUGGGCCGAGUCUGCAAAACGUGCUGCCAAGAAGAGCAAGAAAGGCAAGAAGGGCAAGAAGAAGAGGAGCGAACUGGACUCCUUCUAUUCAUCCGACGAGGAUUCCGAUGAGGACUCUGACGAGGACGAUGAAGACUCUGACGAGGAUGACUCUGACGACGACUCGGAUGAGGAUAGCGAUGAAGAGACCGACGAUGAUGAAGAUGACGACGACGACGACGAUGAGGACGAUGACGACGAAGAAGAGUCAUCAGAUGAAGAGGACGAUGAAGAGUGGGCGGAAUCCAGCAGUGACGGGGAAGUACUACCGAGCAGAAGCAAGUCCAGCAGAGACACGGACGAUGAUGACGAAGAUGAUGACGACGAUGACAGCGAUGAUGAAGAAGACGAAGAUAGCGAUGAAGAGGAGAGCGAAGAAGAGAGCGAUGAUGAACCAGCACCACGUCCAGUAAAGGCCAAGGCUCCUGCGAAAGCCGCCGCCGCUCCCGCAGCUAAGCCCAGCAAGGCUGGCAAGGCCGGCAAAUCGAAGGCACCCGCUGCGCAGGAAGUCUCCUUGCUAGACCUGGAUGACUUGUCAGCCCCGGCUCCCUCAAGCAGUGGUGCCGGUGCUGCAUUCGCACCGUCCAUGCUACAGCCAGCCACAACGGCCAUGCAAGCCAUGUCAAUCUCCACCACCUCUGAACUGCAGGCGAGCUCGUCCGUGUACGUGAGUUCAGAGACACACGAGUUGCUGAACCGCAUCUCCGGCCGUGGCCUGGCAGCACAGUAUCGCUACACACGCCGCACUCACCUCUACUCAGAGUCCAUGGUAGACAUUGAGGUCACGUUCACGAAUAGCAGUGACGCUGAGCUCAACGACAUCGCCAUCACCAACAAGAAACUUGAGGGUGGUAUGACAGUACACGAGUUCAACACCAUUUGUAAGUCUGCAUGUCUGCUGCUGUGUGCAAUAUUUGCAUGUCUGCUUCUGUGUGCAAUAUUUGCAUGUCUGCUUCUGUGUGCAAUAUUUGCAUGUCUGGAUGUCUGCUUCUGUGUGCAAUGUUUGCAUGUCUGCAUAUCUGCAUGUCUGCUGCCUCUCUUGUAUGUCCUGCCUUCUACAUGUUCAGUUAGUACCGUAAUGUCGCGUGUUUAAGCUGGGCUUAUUCCUGUGGAAUAACUUGCUCGAUCGGAUUACCUUGAGUAGCACUGUAGUACAGUUUCGUAGCCUCUACUGCCUCAUCUGCAUACUGCAAAUCAA